UUUCCCUUUCGAGUUCCUCCGGAGAGCUCCUGACAGAUACCGGCCGCACGUGCCAGUUGCAGCCUUUGGGCCGGCUGCGUGGCGUCUGACAUUAGGAUAUCUUGUAAACAAGGCCAACUGUACAUUUUUCCAGUAAAGUAAGCAAAAAAUUUGAUACACAGUGCCCUUGGGGAGAAGAUCCACUCAUUGCUUUUGUACCAAACCUGACAAGGCCUCAGUUGUCAAAGGUGGCACCAGGAGGAUGUCACACAUAGGAGUAAAACUGUUCCUAGAGCAAAUGAUGAUGAGACAUCUGAAAGUGAAUGCAUGCUUGUACCCACACAUGGAGGCUUUGUGGGAGACAGAGGGGUCUGUGAAAGAGAGCUCCAGUCAGAGUAAGAAAUCCAACCCACAAAUGGACAGUCUUGGUCCUGAGAGCGCUCGCCAGCACUUCCGGAGCUUCUAUUAUCAUGAAGCACCUGGACCGCUCGAGGCUGUCAGCCAACUUCAGGAAUUAUGCCAUCAGUGGCUAAGGCCAGAGAUCCACUCAAAAGAGCAGAUCUUGGAACUGCUGGUGCUAGAGCAGUUCCUGACCAUUCUGCCCAGGGAUACCCGGGACUGGGUGCAGAAGUAUCAUCCACAGAGCAUCAAAGAGGCUGUGGCCCUGGUAGAACGCUUUCAGAGAGAAGCUGGUGGAAUAAGUAAUGAGGUCACAGACCAUGAGCUGGGAAAGGAGGCAGUGCUCUUGGGAGGAACAGCAGCGGCCCCAGGCUUUAAGUGGAAGCCAGCAGAGCCCCAACCAAUGGGUGUGUUCCAGAAAGAAUGUUGGAAUACAUACCGGGUACUACAAGAACAGCUGGGCUGGAAUACUCACAAAGAAACCCAGCCUGUAUAUGAAAGAGCUGUGCCUGCUCAACAGAUUCUAGCCUUUUCUGAGCAGAAAAACACCCCAAACUGGAAGAUGGCAUCUGAGCUCACCUUGCCUGAGUCCCAGAGUUUGUUGACAUUUGAAGAUGUGGCCGUGUCUUUUUCCGAGGAAGAAUGGAAGUUACUGAACCCUGCUCAGAAAAUCUUCUACAAUGAUGUAAUGCAGGAAAACUAUGAGAAUGUCGUCUCUCUAGGGUUAAAGAUCAAAAAUGACACUGGAAAUGACCAACCUAUAUCUCUUUCUACAUUAGAAACACAAGCAGCAGGAUGCAAAGUAUUAAGAAAGUCCAGAAUGAAAGUUGCCCAGAAAACAACGGGCAAAGAAAAUCACGGUGGUACACACAGGUCUCCCAGACAGCCAACAUGCCUGGUCUCCUUGCAGCUCUCUGGACAUGAGCCUGCACCGGCUUUGGGCCUCCCCGGUCAGGAAACCCAGGAAACGUUUCUAAACAAGCAGCACUGCCACCUGCUUCUCUGGGCCUUGGCGAAUCAGUGACCAUGAAGCUGCCUGCAUUGUAAGGACCUCUGGGAUCUCAUGGCCUCUGGAGGUGGAUUUGACCGAAACACCCAGGAAGCAUCUCUGUAAACUGGUUUUUCUCCUUCCUAGUGCUGCCUCUCCUCCACUAUCCUGCCUGCCUGCCAGCCCUUUGCAACUCAGCCCACCCAGCAUGCUGUCCCCUUUGGAAACUGACCUUGGCAGAGGUCACAGAGCGGCCCAAAAUGAUGUAGCAGGGAAGCACAAGGGCCUGCUUCUCUCCAGGAGAUUCACCUUUCUCUGAGAUCUCCUAAUACCUUCCUCAUUUUGGAGAUGGGCAGGGGCCGGAACCAUCCAGGGCCCCAGAGGUGGGCUUGACAGUUGGUGCAAUAAGGUAGACCCUGCACCCUCACUGAGGCCUGCAGGUCCCCACCCCUGCAGGUCAGCAGCAGCCUGGGUGCUUGAGGCCCAGAGAGGCUUCUUGGAGAUGCAGUCUCAGGAGCCACCUCUGAGGAGUCAUUUAGUCUAGCAGGUUUCAAACCAAGGUUCAUGUGUGCCCAGGGGUGCACAAACACUAUCCGAGGGAGACUGGGCAUGGAUGGUUUUAAAGGAAUCUUGUUGCAAAUCCUUAGUCCCAUACAGUGUUCUUCCUAAAACAAAUCUGAGGAAAACCCCAAGGGAGGUUCUCCAUUCCCAGAUCCCCUUCACCACCACCCUUCCACCACUAGUACCUGCCCUGAUCUCCCCAGGGUUCAUUGCCUCAGAGUUUCACAUGUCUGAGGAGCCGAAGAGGCUUGAAAAUACACUAGCCAGGAAACUGAGUGACUUAUGCCUGCGUAAGGAAUCUUGCAUAUCAAAUAAUUUCCUGUUUUUUCCUUUAGACAGAAUUGAAGAAGGACUUAAUCAGUUGAUCAGCUGGUUGAUCAGUGGGGAAAAAAAUGGAUGAUAGUUCAAUAUUUGAUUUAUGCCAUGUAACUCUAAAAGAAAUAAAAAAAUUUUGAAUGAUCCUGCUGUAACAAAAUUCUUUCCAUGCCCAUUUACAUAACAUCUCUGAAAAUGAGAAAUAGUGGUAUAAUUGGUGGUGAGCCAGGACUCAUUCUGAGAAUAACUAAUAUUCAUUCAUGAUACGAACUAAUUUUAAAAGAUUAAUCCAUAUCAUUAUGAGUGGGAUUUUCAAUAAUUUUUUUGUUUAUAACUAUCCAAAUUUAGAAUAUAUUUAUAUUAUAUAUAAAUAUAUUUAUGUUGGAUCAAUAUAUUUAUAAAUAUA